UUCCAGGUUUAAAGUUGGUGUAAACUAUGAAAACUGAAACUGGAUUAUAAAUGCAUCAAGGAGGUCUAAGUUCAGCAAAGCAGUUCGGGGUGGUCUGCUGUACAAGCAGUUCUGUUCCUCAAGUUGCCUGAGUAGCUGGAUCAUUUGAACAUAGAGCAAAGCUUGUCAAAGGCAUGGUCUGAAAAUAAUAGAACCUGAUCCUUCUUGGGAGCAGAAGCGGAGGUGGAGUCAGAGCUCGCCCACAGGAGAUUUACCUGAAACUGGAAAACAGCACAGACAGGCUCCACCCACGAGAUUCUGGAAAAAUCUGCCAAACUGCAGGAUAAAAACUGACAAUGGAUUUACUUUAUUCUCUGAGAUGGUUGUCUGAAGCAGCAAUUCACCGCCGUGAAAGCUGGACUGAUUGGUUACCUGCUUUAAGACGGCAGUAAUCGAUCUGGUGGAGACCUGGAAAUUAAAACACCUUGCCCUGUGAGAGGCUGGAAAAGAUCAGGGUGAUAUAGUAGAAAGAACACCCAAUCCGGAGUCUGUGUCAUUGGAACGAGACAGUAAACUCAUGCUGAAAAACAAAGCCUGGAGACUUUGCACCAUUUGAAGGUUCAGCUGGUAAACUGCAAAUACCCUUUGGAACUGCCAUAUUCCAUCAAAAUCUGUGUGCACGGAAUACUUAUGAACUGGAGUACUGCCUUGCAUCAGGUUUGCACCUAAUAGUUGCACCUACAUUAGAUAUUAGCCUUAUCUUGGGAAAACCAUCCAAUGUGAAAUUGCACCAUUGGCUGAAGCACAUUAUUAAUAAGGAACAAAGUGUUGGAGAGAUUUAACAUAGGACAGCACAGAAUUGAAGCAAGCAUUAAGAAAAGCAGCUUCAGUCAAUCGUCUGUGAACUUUAUGUUAUCCUGUCUUCUGUGGUAAUUCCAGGCUCAGCAAAUCGUAGAAAGUGAAACUUUCCCCAACACCAUUCUGAAAGAUGGGAAAUACACAGCAUCAUUACUGAAAUGAGUAAGGAAGAGAAUUAGACAAGGAGGUGUGCUUGAAGACACCAGGUGAUUUCAUAGGAUGGAUUCACACUUGUGGAUGGCUGGAAUCAUGUUGUCUAUAAUUCUACUGUGAACUCCUGCAGUCUUAUUAAGGAGCAUCCUUGGCACCCAAAACAAAUAAAAAGCUGGGCAUAUAUCCGAGGCUGCAUUAUCUGUGAUACUAAGGAUCUCGCGAGGAAUGUGAAUAAAAAAGGUGAUACUGAAAGCAUACAAUGGAAUUUAAAAUUUCUACAGCAAAUUCAAAUGAAGAACUUGUUCCAAAAUGAGGUGAAUACUACUUUCUAAUUUCUAAAGUUCCUGUUCUCUGAUCUGGUGUGACGUACCUGUCUCUUGAGACCACAAGUCUCAAGACGACAAGUCUCUUGUCUGCAUGUUCUAACCUUAUGAAUCUGGACAGCAUUGAAGAUUUCUGCCAAAUAAUUAUUCAAUUUCUAGGACUCUUUUUGGAAUUGGAAUUCAGUUUUGUUUUUUGCUUUUUCAAAAUCUUGUAUACUUCUGAGGCUUAGUUUCGUAUCCAUUUUCCUUUUGAAUGACCGCAGGCAAUUUCUCCAGAUGCCUGAGCUUUCUGAGAUCACAUCUGGCCGCUCUCCAGCAAAUCCUUCUCGGAUUCAGCAGAGUAUCCUGGAGGAUCAAGUGGAAUUGUGGUGGUUCCAAGAUCUUAAACGUUCGAUCUUAUGUUACUCCGUGGCUGUGGUGCUGAUCCUGGGGACUGGAUUGGGAGGAAUUGUUUUAUUAUCUACAGCGACUAGUAAAUCGAGUGAAUGGCGACUGGGAGUUGGAACUGUCCUGUGUCUCCUAGCUUUGGGCAUCCUCUUAAAACAGUUGCUGAGCUCCGCUAUCCAGGAUAUGAACUGCAUGAGGAACCGGACCCAGAUUAACAAGCUAAGGAGUGGAGGGUUAAUUGAUUAUUUGCUUAUUUUAAUUGCUGGAUCUGUAAUACUUAUCUGUGGUUAUGUGCUGAUAAUUCUGGCAAAUUCUGAUCCUCAUCUCUCAGUAAGAUCCUGGAGUGACAUGUUAAUUGCAGGUGUCGCUAUUACAUUGUCUGGCUCCAUUAUUCUCCUCUUGCUCCUCGUCUACAGUUUAAUCUUCAAGCUUUGUCCCCAUGUAGUAUCUGGGACUUCAGGCAGAGGAGGACUAAGCAUUUAUGUCAUAUCUGCAGGUGUUACAGAGGGGAGGCAAAGAGAAGUCUCUUCCAGUACAGCCAACCUAAUAUAAAUUAGGCACUGACCUGCUCAAGCUAGGAACUGCUCGAACAGUGAAAUGACUGGACUAGUUUUUCUCACUUUCAUAGUGAACACAGAACACAUAACAGCAUGAAUAAGCUUUUAACAAACUGAAUAAUGCAAGUUAAUAUCAAUUUGUUUGAGUCUAAUCUUAAAUUUUAGUAGGCUGGUGAAAAUUUGGCAUAAAAUAGAAGCAGAGUUUUGAUAUCCACUGAUGAAAAUAUUAAUCCAUUACUGAUCAAUUAGUUGUCACAAAUGGCACUCACAAAAAGCACUUUGGUUCUGGAACUUCAGAGGACAAAACAAAAUUAAUGUCAAACAUAAACACACUUUGCUAUGGCCAAGUCAGUAACAAAAGGUACUGUUUAGCUGCUUAUAAUAAAUGCAAAUAAAUGUUAAAUAUUUAAGAGUGGGAUUGCUUUCUAUUCAUCCGUCACUAGUGCACCUCUGUUAUUUCAUCUGCCUGAUCCUUUAGCAUCAUAUUCAUUUAAUGUCUCUUUUAACUGUUGCAGCAUUUGCUGUUUGAAGAAGUGCACUUCUGUAUAUUUACUAGUAAAAAUAUGUUCCUAGGGUGUUACCUAUUUUAAUAAUUUUGUCAUUAUGUUGUUGAGGUAUUUAUAUUACUCAUUCUCUGUUAACAAAUUACUUUAGUUUAAUGUUUACUGCUUUAAUUCUUUCAUUUGGCUAGUUUGAAGCAGCUGAUUUAUAUCUAGUUUGAAGUUAAUUAAUCAGCUUAAAGUUCUUCAGAGAUUUUAUCUCAACAACGCCA